AUGAGACUCUGCGACCAAACACUAACUCCACUAGUGAAAUCUUCAUUUUUACAUAAACAGAGACGCCUGAAGCUUGUUUCGUAUUUAUUUGCUCGGAUUAAGGUCCAGGUAGGUUCCUUUUUUUUUUUCUUCCUCCCAUCCUGUUUCCUUCCCAUCAUCCCUCCUUGUUGUGUGGAGGAGCUGAGUGUUUAUUUUUUCUUCGUUUGACACAGAAAGUGUCACUUUAGUUCAUAGUUCACUUUAGAAAUGCUCAGAUCUCAAGUUUGUCGCCCCAAGUGUGCAGGACUUUGAUGUCUCCUUUCCUGACUUCCUCUCGGUUUUAGCUUCCUUCUGAAUAAAUCAUCAUGAAUGUAUUUGCUGGGUUGGGAAAGGCUUUUACUUGUCUUUAAUUCAAGUUACAUACUGCUGCUCUUCAUCAGGAUUCCACAAGAGGAUUUGCUCAGACAUGGACCAAAGGGGAAGAGGAAGAUGAAGAUGAAGAUGGGGAGGAAGAGGAAGCGGAGGAAGAUGUUGUCGAUGAUGAUGACGUGGUGGAAGAGGAGCGUAACAAUACAUCAGCUGAGACUGAGGGACAGUCCUCCAGUUUGGAUGACUCAGACAAAGUGACAGAUGAGCCGCAGAACCCUGUAAGCGUACGGUUCAGCAUCUGAUGGUCACUUUUUUAUGUCCUGUCGAGUCCCAGACCUGACACCGGAUCUUUUUUUACAGAAACCUGAAGAGCAGAAAGACAAACCUGUUCCAGAUGGAGAGCAGAAGGCUGAUGGAGGUUUGUUCGAGUGAUUGAUAAAGUCUGUGUAAUUGAAAUGACUGAUAUUUGAGAGAUCAAAACAGAUUUCUGCAGGUUUCAUUUCAACAGAGGGCUCCACUGGUGAAGAAAAUACUAAAGACACAGAUGAAGACAUGAACUAACAGGGUGAUAUGAGUAAGUAAGUACACAAAUACACCUUAUAUCUUAUUGUUAUUGUCAGCAGCUGAAACCUCAGAGCCGUCAACUACAGGUGAAGAAAACACAUGUGAUGGCACCAUACCAGCUAAUGGGGUGACAGACGUUGAAGCGAAGAGUCAAGCAGUCUCCAACAAAAAGGUACAGAUGCUUUACCGCGCAGGGAUAUCUGUGAUUGUUGUUAAUAUCUAGACUACAAAGACUACAAAUGAUUAAAACAAUCUCUGUUUUCUGUGGGCGAGUUCUAAAAGUCAAAUGAACAUCUACUUGGAAACACGGGUUGACCAUGUGAAGUCUCUAGUUACAAGAAGGUUUGAACUGAAGGUCUUUGUUCUCUCAGCUCUCUCUCUUCAGACGACUGUCCUUCUCCAGAUCCAAGCAGAACCAGGACAGGGACCAAACACCAGUAGAGGGUGUCAUCUCUGGGGACGCAGCUUCCCCGGGAGAGCCUCACUCCGCUCCGUCUGCUGCUGCAAGCAGCAACACAGAGCCAAUCGGAGACAGAGUACAGCUGACAUCUCAACCCCCUGGAGCCCGGGCACCUCGCUCUGGAGCCUGCACCAUCCUCUGA